CCCAUGCUGUGAUGUUUGUGUGAAAUAUCUGUGCAAAGGGAAGCAUUUAAGGCAGUAUUUUGUUUUUUUGUUUUCCAGCAAACAUCCCAGAGGACAGCAGAUUAUUCAAUGAUAUUCAAAAGGUGACCUCUGUGCACGAUGGGGAAGAGGUACUACUGUGACUACUGCGACCGGUCCUUUCAGGACAACAUGCACAACAGGAAAAAGCAUCUGAACGGCGUUCAGCAUCACAGAGCUAAAAAAGCCUGGUUUGACCAUUUCAGAGACGCUGCAACCAUUCUAUAUGAUGAGCAAACAAAGAAACCCUGCAGGAAAUUUCUCCAAAAAGGAAUUUGUGAUUUUCCUAACUGCAGGUUUUCUCACAUGUCCGAGGAGGAGCUGUUUCACCUAAAAAGACAGGUGGAAGAUGAAAGGCGGCGCAGAGAGGAUUCUGACGACAGAAUCAUGCCUGAGCCGAGUGUAGAAGAUUGGCUCUUGAGAAGGGAAAAGAGGCAAUCUGCCCUCAGUAGCAAAGGAGAUCUAAAAACUAAGGAUGACAAUGAAGAAGGUCAGCCAGAAAUUGACAUACCUCAACAAUUCCUCUCCAUUCCCGACCUUCCGCCCUCACUUCUGCCUCCUCCUCCAGGCGGCUGGAGAGUCAAAGCGAACACUGAAUGGGGCUGACAGACAUUCACUUUGGGCUUCACGUCACUUUUAAGUGGGUUUCCAAACAAGGUGGGACAUUAGCAGUAACUGCACAAACAAACCCUCAAAAUUGACUUUUUGACAACGUCAGAGCGACGACGUGUUGCUAAUUGAUGCUCCGUUCAGCUGCAGAGUGUCCUUAAAGUGACACUCCUCUGAGGAGUUACGCUGGAAGUCACGUCGUCCCAAAAGAAGCACGAGUGCUGAGCAGAUGGAAAUACUUUUUUUUUUGUAUUGUUCUGUUGUGCAUUAGCGGGGGAAUUUCUGAUGUCAUGACUCACAAGUUUACUCACCAAAUAGUAAAGUUGA